CGAGCGUGGGCCAAUCAGAUAGCCGGAGGCGGGUCUUUGGCGGGAAAGUGGGCGUGGCCUGGGGGGAAAUCGCAGCGGAGCUCCCAGCCCGGGAAAACGCCCUCUGCGGGAAGGAGAGGUCAGGCCGCCAUGCCUCCCUCCGGGCCCCGCGCCGCCCUCCUCCUGCUGCCGCCGCUGCUGCUGCUGCUGCCCCGCGCCGCCCUGGCCGUGCCCCUGGAGCGGGGGGCGCCCAAGGAGAGCCCCGCCACCGACAGCCCCGACACCGGCCUGUACUAUCACCGCUACCUGCAGGAGGUCAUCAACGUGCUGGAGACGGACGGGCACUUCCGCGAGAAGCUGCAGGCCGCCAACGCCGAGGACAUCAAGAGCGGGAAGCUGAGCCGGGAGCUGGACUUUGUCAGCCAUCACGUCCGCACCAAGCUGGACGAGCUCAAGCGGCAGGAGGUGUCCCGACUUCGGAUGCUGCUCAAGGCCAAGAUGGACGCGGAGCAGGAGCCCAACGCACAGUUGGAUCACCUGGGCCUCCUGAAGCAGUUCGAGCACCUGGAUCCUCAGAACCAGCACACGUUCGAGGCCCGGGACCUGGAGCUGCUGAUCCAGACGGCCACCCGGGACCUGGCCCAGUACGAUGCGGCCCAUCAUGAAGAGUUCAAACGCUACGAGAUGCUCAAGGAACACGAGAGGCGCCGCUACCUGGAGUCGCUGGGGGAGGAGCAGCGGAAGGAGGCGGAGAGGAAGCUGGAAGAGCAACAGCGCCGGCACCGAGAGCACCCCAAAGUCAACGUGCCUGGCAGCCAAGCCCAGUUGAAGGAGGUGUGGGAGGAGCUGGAUGGAUUGGACCCCAACAGGUUUAACCCCAAGACCUUCUUCAUACUGCAUGAUAUCAACAGUGACGGUGUCCUGGAUGAGCAGGAGCUGGAGGCUCUCUUCACCAAGGAGCUGGAGAAGGUGUACGACCCCAAGAACGAGGAGGACGACAUGCGGGAGAUGGAGGAGGAGCGGCUGCGCAUGCGGGAGCACGUGAUGAAGAACGUGGACACGAACCAGGACCGCCUGGUGACCCUGGAGGAGUUCCUCGCGUCCACCCAGAGGAAGGACUUCGGGGACAACGGGGAGGGCUGGGAGACGGUGGAGAUGCACCCUGCCUACACGGAGGAGGAGCUCAGGCGCUUCGAGGAGGAGCUGGCGGCCCGGGAGGCCGAGCUGAACGCCCAGGCCCAGCGCCUCAGCCAGGAGACGGAGGCCCUGGGCCGCUCCCAGGGCCGCCUGGAGGCCCAGAAGAGAGAGCUGCAGCAGGCGGUUCUGCAAAUGGAACAGAGGAAGCAGCAGCAGCAGCAGCAAGAACACAAUGCCCCAGCCCCUGGGCCCGAGGGACAGCUCAAGUUCCAGCCCCACCACACAGAUGAUGCUCCUGUGCCAGCUCCCGCCAGUGACCAGAAGGACGCAGUUGCUUCGGAGAAGAAGGUUCUGGAACAGCCCCCCGAGCUGCCCCCGCUGGAUCCCCAGCACCUGUGAUCUCGGGGAGCGCGGCCUCUGGCUCCCGGCUGACGGAGGCCGGGGACUGUCACCGGGGGAGCCGAUGAGGCGGCUCCUCCCCCGUCACCACCAGCCCCACCUGCUGCUCAGCCUCCGGGCUCCUGUGCUCAGUGGGACCUUCACGGGGUCAGCUGGCCUCGGGGCCCCCUCCCUCCCAGGGGGCAAGGCUGUGGUGUCCCUGCCUUGCCGCUCCGGGUCGGGGCCACUGCAGCAUCCUGCACCCCUCGCUGCCGCUGUGGGCCCCUGUUUGCUGCUUUGGGAGGGGUGGGGGUCCCCGACACGGUCCUCCGCCUCGUGUGGGACCGGCGACGCCUGGAGGACGGCGGGUGGCCCCGCCCCGGGGCCCGGCAGCAGACGAUCCGCCGCCACCUGGAGGGCCGACCCCCUGACCCCGGCCUUCGGCCUCCUCGGCCUCGACCCCUCCCUGGUGGCCGGGCCCCCGCCCCUCGCCCGCGCAGCCGCUGGAGGGUCUCAGAGCUGAACCCCGUCCCCCCAGGAUCAGGCCCCCCCCCCCCCGAGCCUCAGAGGGAGGCCCAGGCCCUCCCGGCCUCACCUCACUGCUGUGUGUCCUGCUGUGUGUCCAGCGCCGUCAAAUACACCUCCCGGACUGGACCAG